AUGACGAUGGUGACGGACCCGACUCUCGACGAUGACAGGUGGGGAUUGUUUGUAAAGUACAAGCACAAGUUUUGGUUCGAAGAGAACGAUUAUGACGUCCCUGAAUCCUAUUUCUACCCGAACGGCGAGGAGAUUCAGCCCAAUACCAUCGAGCUGGUCAAGAGUUUCCUCAAACAAGUCCGCGAAUCCAGGGGUUAUGACGUGGAUUGCUACCCGCCUCCAUUUUUUAAAUCUCCAUUCGAACCACUUCCAUUGGAAGAGAUGCGCCAGGAUACAAGCAAUAUUGAUAAACGCCUCUAUGCUAGAGUUGUCGGAGCAGCCGAGUUAGCAAUUCAGAAUAUCUGUGACGAGACUGGUCACAGUUAUAAGCUUGUGAAAGUCGAGAGGGCUGUCCUUGUCCUGACCAGGCCCUUUGUGUUCUUCUUGACUUUGACUGCCGAGGAAGAUGGUGUCCCUGUGCAAACUAUUCAAGCCGAGGUCUACCACCCCAUUGGUGGCCAUCCAGUCCUUCAAGAGUGGAGGUUCAAACCACUCCCUGCUCGAAAUGCCUGUUAUGUAGCUGUGCAGACGCCGAGCAAGAUAGCACUAACGGGGUCUAAAUUUGAUGCCGACAAGGCAAAAAGAUCUAUCCGGCAGCCGCCAUUGUAUGCACUGAGAGCUGAAAGUUGGCAAGUGAGAGAUCUCAAUAUCCAGUUUGCGAGUUGGACACAAAGUCAAUUACAAAACCAUCCAGAUGAGCGUUGGGAGGAUGGAAUGCAGGAUUACUUAAACCGUGCUAAAAGCAUCGUGGAGAGUUUUGGUGAUGCUGUCAAUUGGUUGACAAAAAUUGCUGCGAAACGAAUGGGUCUAGCCAAGAUUCCAUCUGAAGAUGUUCGGACUGAGCCUCUAAUUGACAAAAGCAGUCAUAUAUUGUUUCGUCCGACAUUGUUUUUGGACAAACCUAUGUUUCCUACCCCAUGGAGACCUGCAUUUCUCUAUAAUAAUAAUGGCCCUUUCACAUUUGGAGGAAGCGAGGUUUCAGUUCCAGGAAUUGGAAAUGCCAAUGCUGUUACUUCAAAUGUACCUGAUGGAGGUUAUGUAGCUGUGCAGACGCAGAGGAAGAUAGCAGUAAUGGGGUGUCACCUCGAUGCCGUCAAGGCAGAUUCAUCUAUCCGACAGCUGCCACUGGAUGCACCGAGAGCUAAUUCAUCAAGUUGGCAUGUGAGAGCUCUCAAUAUCCAGUUUGCGAGUUGGAUACAAAGUCAAUUACAAAACCAUCCAGAUGAGCUUUGGGAUGGAGUGCAGGAUUACAUAAACCAUGCUGAAUGCAUCAUGGAGGUUUUUGGUGAUGCUACUAAUUGGUUGGGAACAAAUGCCGUGAAACGAACGGGUAUAGCCAAGAUUCCAUCUGAAGAUGCUCGGACUAAGUCUCUAUUUGGAAUUGGCAGAAGCAGUCGUACAUUGUUUAGUCCGACAUUGUUUUCGGACAAACCUAUGUUUCCUGCAGCCACAACAGCAAGCUCUGGAACCCCAUGGAAACCUGCACUUGUCCUAAAUAAAAAUGACCCUUUCACAUUUGGAGGAAGCGAGGUUUCAGUUCCUGGAAUUGGAAAUGCCAAUGCUGUUACUUCAAAUGAACCUGAUGCAGAAGAUGAUAUUGAACGGCCCAGUAGUCUAUCCGUGAAAAAGAACCAAGAGGAGGGCAUUAUUGUUGUGCAUGAAGUAAAUUGCGAACUUUAUGUGAAGUCGAGGGAUCCAGCUGACCAAGGUGCUUGGAAAUAUAAAGGCACGGGCCAACUUCGUAUCCAGUGCAAGAAAGGCAUCAGUAAGGGCACAAAGGAAUCUAAACCAACAAUAGUUAUACUCAAUGAUGUGGGAAAGCUGCUGCUCGAUGCAUUGAUAUACCGAGGCAUCAGGACAAUUGUGCUAAAGAAUUCAGUUGUAACAGUAUUUCAUACUUCGGAUGAUGGUGAUAGCAAUGAAAAAGUUGUUGCUCGGCCCUUUUUAAUGAGAACAAAGACUGAGGAGGACAGAGAUAAACUUGUUGCUGCCAUUCAGGAAUACGCUCCUACAAGCUGA